AUGGCUGGGCUCGGAAUUGUGCCCAUGAGGACGCCCGGCUGCUGGCGCUACGGCUGGAAGAUUGAGCCCUCGACUGCUUGCUACAACACGACGGCGCUGUCGUAUUAUAACUACAAGGGCAAGAGAGUCCCCAUGAAGCUCGUCCACAACGCCAGCCCCGGCAUCCAAAUGCUCCUCAAGCACCAUAUGUUUCAAAUGAGCCCUGAGCAUGUGAACUGUGACGUGACCGGCUACCCGUGGCAUCCGGAAAGGGAGUGCAAGCCGCUGAAGCGCGACAUCUACCCUGCUGACCAGGGAGUGGCAUUCCAUGAGCUGAUCACAAGCGGGACGAAACAAUUUAACGUCACCUACGCGUGCCCCGACAACCCGACGGAGCCCGACUUCGUCGUGUUUUGCUACACGGAAUGGGUGAAUGAGCGACUCGGGAACGAGCAAGCUCGGAUCGAGCCGAUGGGAUGCUGGCAGUACGGCUGGAAGAAGAAUCCCGAAAGCAGAGCCGAAUGCGAAAAUGCCUCGGUGCUGACGGAGGACCGUCUCCAAGGAUGGCCGAAAGAACCGAUCAAGCUGAUUGCACCAGCCGGGAAAGGCUUAAUCGACCUGGCAAAUGAAUACGUCAAGGACUACGGGUAUGCGGGCGAGCCGAUUGGGUACUCGAGGACUGCGACGCGACGUGACGACUUUGUUUACGAUCCGUCCUGGCUGCCUACAACGACAACCACUGCCACCAACACGACAACGAGCCCUGAGCAUGUGUACUGUGACGUGACCGGCUACCCGUGGCAUCCGGAAAAGGCGUGCAAGCCACUGAUGCGAGACAUCUACACUAAUGACUCGGGAGUGGCAUUCCAUGAGCUGAUCACGAGUGGGACGAGACAACUUAACGUCACUUACGCGUGCCCCGACAAACCGACGGAGCCCGAUUACAUUGUGUUUUGCUACACGGAAUGGGUAAAUGAGCGACCCGGGCACGAGCAAGCGCGGAUCGAGCCGAUGGGAUGCUAUCAGUACGGCUGGAAGAAUAGUCCCGAAAGCAGAGCCGAGUGCCAAAAUGCAUCGGUGCUGGUCGAGGCUUAUCUCCAAGGAUGGCCGAAAGAACCGAUAAAGCUGAUCAUGCCAGCCGGGAAGGGCCUAAUCGCGCUGGCAAAUGAAUACGUCAAGGACAUUUCAUUUGCGGGCGAACCUAUUGGAUUCACGAGGACUGCGACGCGACGUGACGACUUUGUAUAUGAUCCGUCCUGGCUGCUUACGACGCCUGUCACCACCACCACUACUACGACGCAACCAAAGCCUACUAAACCCGCCAAGCCGAAGCCUACGGAAAGCGACGAUGAUAUCCGGAAGCGACAGUUGCAGCUUGAGAAUUCCGACCGCGAGUUGUACCAAUACCUGCUGCUCGUCUUGAGCUUCGGCGGCGCGUUGGCGAUCGUCGGCUGCGGGAAUUGCUGCAUCUACUGUGUCCAGAAGAAGCGAAGCUCCCCCGAUCGGGACCAGCCACCACUUCCGUCCAACUCGAGGCCCAAUACACCCACCACUACUAGCCCUGAGCAUGUGAACUGUGACGUGUCCGGCUACCCGUGGCAUCCGACAAGGGGGUGCAAGCCGCUGAAGCGAGAGAUCUGCCCUGAUGACCAGGGAGUGGCAUUCCAUGAGCUGAUCACCAGUGGGACGAAACAAUUUAACGUCACCUACGCAUGCCCCGACAUCCCGACGGAGCCGGACUACAUUGUGUUUUGCUACACGGAAUGGGUGAUGGAGCGAAAGGGGCGUGAGCAAGCGCGGAUCGAGCCGAUGGGAUGCUGGCAGUACGGCUGGAAGAGGAGUCCCGAAAGGAGAGCCGAAUGCCAAAACCCAGCGACGAUGGCUGAGGGAGAUCUCCAAAAAUGGCCGCAAAAACCGAUAGAGCUGAUCAUGCCGGCCGGGAAGGGCCUAAUCGCGCUGGCUGAUGAAUACGUCAAGGAUAUUGGAUGGAGCGGCGAAUAUGUUGGAUUCACGAGGACUGCGACGCGACGUGAUGACUUUUUAUAUGAUCCUUCCUGGCUGCCUAUAACGACAACGACAACCACCACAACCACCACAGCCACGACGACUACCACGACGACCACAACCACCACAACAACUACAACCACCCCCGAGCCGGAACCAACGGAAGACGCCGAUGAUGUCCUGAAGCGACAGUUGCAGCUCGAACAUGCCGACCGCGAGUUCUACCAAUACGUGCUGAUCUUCUUGAGCGUCGCCGGCGCGGUCGCGAUUAUUGGCGGCGGGAAAUUGUGCAUCUACUUCGAACAGAAGAAACGGAACUUCCCCGAUCGAGAUCCGCCCCCAACUCCGCCGGCCAACCCGACGCCGAACGCGCCCACCAAUCCAGCCACUCCUACCGCCCCGACGACCACAACCACCACGAAUGAACAAAUCGCC